AUGUCUCGGAAUUCGCCAGAUCCAGUGCUCGAGUCACGAGAUGACGAACCUCUGUUAGGUCGUCCUGGAGAUGUCACACAAAGGUCUGAUGAGGGUAUUUACCGGAAUAUAUUCACAGGCACGGCUAGUAUCGCGCAGGCCGGAAUCUGGAUUCUAGCAGCACUAGUCUGGCAAGGAGUCCUGAAUCAGCCACUCUCGCUGUUCACCCCGCAUCCACUCCUCGUCAUUUCAGGUCUUCUGCUUCAAGUCCAAGCAGCACUAAUCCUUCAACCAACAGCGACCCCGCAGCAGAAGCUGACCGGCACUCGCAUCCACUCCGCAAUCCAACUGCUGAGCGUCGUCUUAUUCCUAUCCGGCUUCACCAUCAUUGAGAUCAACAAGGGUUCUCACCCGCACUUCGUCUCCCCACAUGGAAUCCUGGGCUUGAUAACCGUUAGUAUCAUCGUGCUCCAAGCGUUGGUUGGUGUUUUCCAAUUCUUCAUUCCCGUUACCAUAUUUGGGAGUGUCGACGCAGGAAAGCGAAUCUACAAGUAUCAUCGUUGGAGUGGCUAUGUUUUGUUACUGCUGGAGGUGGCGACUGUCGUGGCGGCGACGCAGACCACGUACAACCUAGCGGCGAUACAUAUUCCUCUCUGGGGUGUACUUGUUUCAGUCGUCUUGGUUCUCUCGGGGGUGGGAGCGAGAAUCAAGAAGCAAAAGCUGGGGCUGCUUUCAUCCAGAUUAAGCCGAGUGCCGCUCCGCAACUUUUCUACCGCUCGGAGCAAUCGUGACGUGCUCAGACCCGCGACAGCCCCGAAGUCCACGCCGGACGUCAAGCACAUCCGCCAAAAUGCCGAACUCUACGCGCAAAAUUGCCUAGAUCGCAACUACGCGGCUCAUGCCGUGUACCCAUCGAAGAUUGAACAAUUAUCACACGAGGCGAAACAACUCGAUCACGACCUCAAGACCCCCCGAUCCCGCAUUAAACAAUUGGAACAGACGAUCGCCAAGCUGCAUGUCGCGACGCGGCAGGAUACAAACCGUGGAGGCGAACCCGAGAAUAAGGAUUGGUUGAACCUCAGUGACCAACUGGCUGGGCUGAAAUUGGAAGCCCAGAAGUUGAAGGAUGAUUCUCAGGCAAUGGUGGACCGCAAAGCCACCUGCACCGAGGAGAUCAAUCGCCUGGCCCUUGCCCUGCCAAACCUCUCCUCUCCAUUCACACCCGUCGGACAUGACCCUGCCCUCGUUUCCUACAUCAACUUCAACCCACAAAAACCGCCAUCAUGGAUCGGCCAGUCAGCCGCUGAGCUUCAAGCACGGUCGCACGUCACCAUCGGCACCGAGCUCAACCUCAUAGACUUCGCUAGUUCCGCCACAACAACCGGAUGGGGCUGCGUAGCACGACGUCGUGGAUGGCGCACUGUCGCGCCUCCGUCCAUCGUCUACUCCUAUAUCGCCGAGGCGUGCGGUUUCCAACCGCGCGACCAACACAACGAGCAGCAGAUUUGGUCAAUUGAGCAGAAUGAGCGUGAUCGUCACAACAAGCCUCAGCGCUCCCUCACUGGUACCGCGGAAAUCCCCCUCGCGGCCAUGUACGCCGGUCGCGAUAUCAACGCCGGCGAGCUACCAAUCAAGCUGGUCGGCGCAAGUCGGUGCUACCGAGCCGAAGCCGGGUCGCGCGGUGUAGACACAAAGGGUCUCUACCGAGUCCACGAGUUUACCAAAGUCGAGCUGUUCGGCUGGACGGAUAACGUCGACGCUGGAUCGAAGUCAACGACUCCAAGCUCCGAUGACUUGUUUAAUGAGCUUUUAGAAAUGCAGACGGAGAUUCUAACCUCCCUCUCUCUCCCCUGUCGCAUUCUGGAAAUGCCGACGGGUGAUCUGGGCGCCAGUGCAACUCGCAAACGCGACAUCGAGGCACUGUUCCCAUCGCGCCUACGGCACGGAUCCAACGCCGGUGCUGCGGCUGUCGACUCGUCGAUCCAAGAGCUGGAGUCUGCUUGGGGCGAGGUUACCUCCGCAUCCAUCUGUACGGACUAUCAGAGCAGACGACUGGGGGCGCGAGUCCGGGGCGCGGCCAAGGAAUCACGAUUCCCGCAUACCGUGAAUGGCACCGCUAUGGCUGUGCCACGCGUCCUUGCUGCCAUCUUGGAGAAUGGAUGGGACGCGGACCGUGGUGUCGUUGUUGUCCCCGAGGUUUUGCGGCCUUGGAUGGACGGGAUGGAAAUCAUCGGGGGAAAAUAA